AUGAGAUCGACGAUGCACAUUCAGACAGCCCCCCUUGCAAUCCUCUUUGUAACCCGCCGUGGGCACGACGUCGCCCAAUCCAGCAAGCACAUCUCCUUUCGGCAGCCUUGCUCGACCAGUGGCUCUCUUUCUGUCGCGCAAUGUGCCUACACCCCCUUUCUCCCCUCUGCAUUAACCGUUGUCGCCGCCACCGUUGGCCAUCUCGUCUGCAAGAAGCGGAACCAAACCGUCUGGCACACGGGUACGAUGUUCGCGGCCACUUCGGUGAGCGUUGCGUCCACUGGCCACCCACUGAGAUCGCUUACCACCACUCGAUAUAAAACAUCAGCCCUGGUCCAAGUCACUCCCUGGCAGGCUACACUGGCGCGGUUCACGAUUGACUUUCCGCUCGAUACGGGCACUUCAAUCCAACCGUUCCUAAUCGGAGCUACUGCCUCUUCAGGAAGCCGUCUCCAGCUUAUGAGCAAAUCACAACUGCCAUCAUCUUCUGCCUCGCUCCGCUUUAUUAGGACAUGCGCCAGAUCCGGCCAUCGCUAUCAAAACAUCACAUCUCAAUUCUUUGACUGGGCCGUUUCCGCUGUUUCGACAUGGGUUUGCAUGCGGGAUCUUGAUGUACUCCUCAGGUACCCAAAGAGUCACGAUCCAGCAUCCAGUCUCCCGUGGCGCGGGUUCGUCGAUUUACUCGACAUUGACUCCAGUAUUACGAGCAUCAAAAUCUCCUGCAGACCCAGUCCUGUCUUCGAGCUGGUGGUCCAAGAUUCGACGGCAGCUCAGUACCGGCCAAACACCCCAGGACCUCACCUCGACGCGACCCAUUUGCGUUGCUGCCGCCGGGUAACUGGCUGCUAUACUCACGACCCAGGAGUGCCGCCUCACCGACCUUGGUGGCCGUCGACGUUCCGUCAUUUUGAUAAGUUUCGACAGCUUGUCGUCAAAAUCUCCGUCCAUUGCUCCUGCUCCGAGGUGCUUUGCAGGCGUACAUCUGCAGCAUGUGAUGAGUUGUGGCCAAACCGGGCUUUCAAAGUGCGGCCGCACUUUGCGGUUCAGUCCGUCCACCCCGAUUUCUUGGGUGAAAACAAAACAGGAAUGCAUUGCUGCUUAGCGCUACUCAAGGAUGUGUCAGGCACGGUGGCACGUCCCGAGUCCGAGGCGAUAGCAGCUAGCUCACGACUCACCAUGUGGCUUCAGCUCAUGGGCCAGACGACAUGCUCACCCCAACCACAAGAUCUGAAAGACCCGACCCUUCCAUGGAACCCUCACUUCAUCAUUUCAUCAAUAUGCCGCCGUCUUCGAUGCGCUGAUACCUGGGUAGGGUGGCAUUUCACCAUCACUCGAUCGUUCGUUCACACCAGCAAAAUACGUUCAUACUGGUCAGUUGAUGAUCUGCCGUCCCUGCAAUCGGUGACUGCCCAUGCAACCAUAAGCCGUGUGGUUACGUCGAAGCCCAAAGAUCCUGGCGCGAAGAUCGUUGCCUAUAAGCCUCCACCAUACUGCAUACAACAGGCGAAUGCACCUCGCAGGAUGGCGGACGGCCUUGAGAUCAACUCAGGCGCAACUACCAUGUUGUCAUCGUCUCUUCAUGAGUGGCUAAGCAUCCGCGAACCAGUGAAGUUGGGCGGAAAUUCUUCAUCGCAACCACCGCCCCAAGCCCAAGCUGGCCGGUGCGCGACGCCGCAUACUGGGGCCUGGAUCAUCGACGCUUGGCUCAUGGUGCGAUCGUCUGAUCUGGAGAUCGGUCUGCCACGCAAUCCACACACACACGCGCGCGCACCAUCAUCUCGCAUUUUCGUCCGGCAAACAAAAUGUCACGAACAAUACCACUCACCCUUCGGAUCGAACGGGGCUAAGGGGAUAUGGAGCCUGACCGGUGAGAGUGACUGCAUCGGCAAUAAUAUCGAACCCCAGCUCUCGGGCGACGGUAGCCAAACACAGGAGGCGGCGGCUCUCUUCGCGACAAAAUGGUCCGACUCCUGGGGCACAACUAUGGUCUAUCGGCAUAUCGACUCCAGUCAUCAGCAUGCUCUGGGCCCUCCCGGUAAGGAGAUUAGAGUGGUUGGCGAGACAGGUAGCCCCAUGCUCUUCCCAGGUCUCGGCAACGAGAUCAGGCCAGAAAGAGCCCGUAAAACGGCGCUAUGCCCGGCCGUUGAGGUGACGUCGACUUGCGCGACUUCAAGACUGCGGACGUACGCACGGCCGGAUCUCUGGCAAGACGCUUCCAACAAGAAACGGCUCAUGAAUCACUUCACACGAGAAUGGACCGUUCCUUUACAGUGCGGGAAGCCAUUCUCGACUCCCGAGAAGAGAUCAAACUCUCCCAUUGAUCUUGUUAAGCCUGCGUCUCAACAAAUCGCGUCCACGGCUCUUGGUUCUGAUGCAAAGGGGCGGACGAAGUUAGGCGCACUAUACUCACAAGUAGACGCAGACGUUGAGAUCCGAUUCUACGGCAGUAAUCUUCGGAACCGUCUCUUGGUUUUACGUGUGACGCUGGCGACACGCUUCGUUUUUUCAGUCCCCGACCCUCUCGACAGCGCCACACUUCACAUAAUUCAAACUGCUGGCCGCUCCAACAGCGUGUCAGUCAGCAAACCCCGAACCUCGUUUCCUCAACCCCGGCGAUUGAUCGUGGUGACUGGCAAUAAGUCUGGAGUAUCUCGUCAUACGUCGCACAACGUUACCGACAAGUUUUUGGCCGUCGCACUUCAAUGGUUGGCGCCUCUCGGAAUCAGACCUACAACGAAUCUUCAAUUCAGUCACAGGGCAGAAUAUAUGCCACCUGUCACGACGGGUACCGACCCCACGGGUACAGCGGUUAUGUUAAUAUUCCGACUGCCAGUUUCUUUGGCUGAUCAGAAAGAAAAGCUCCCGCUGUUCAGCCUUACGACGUUGGGGCCAUCGACCGAGGUGCGCCGUCGUAUGAUCACGGGAACCGUACACCUUUCAUUGGGAGAUUUACGGCACAAUUGGAUGGCUGGCGAUCUACAUCCAGUCUUUGGCAGGCGCAGGACCGAGGAAACGUCGUAUACGAGAAACACUGCAAACAAUACGUCUUUCUAUCGCUUCUCGAAACCCAUUCCACCGGCAUUGCCGGAUCUGGCCAUCUUUGCAGGAGAUCCCUUCUUGUCCCUGCUGGCGGCCCUGACACGUCUCCUCCAAGCUCUUUUUCUCGUUGCUUUUUCUCUCAACCUGAAUCACCUGGUCGCGAGCCAAACCAUUCUGGUCACGAACCUUCCGCUUUUACAUCAUGGUCGUGCCGUGUGGGAACGGCAGAACGAAACGAAUCAAGAGCCUUCGUUUUUCUGCAAAACACUAUUGAAUGUGUCUUCCACCAACACCAAUUCCCCCCACGUUGAAGUCCUUUACCAUGGACCGAAUUCUUUCUACUCUUUCUCGUUGGGGUCCUUUGCCUCUCACUCGCACUCGCACGCACGGAAUGCCUUUACUAUCCUCACCUCCGUCUCCCCUGUCGUCAUUCACACCCUGCGGCAUUUCGCAAUUCAACAUCCGGCUGUUAGUGAAAUCGCGGUCUCGAACGCAAUGGUCACUGCGGCCGUGCUUAGGCGCGUUCUUGAUGCUGGCGAUCUUCUGCCGGGUGACGAAGUCAGUUGUAUCCGCACAAAAAUAUCUGGCAUCGCAACCCGCCCGUUCCCUUUAAACAGGAACACGACGGGUCUCAUCGGCGAUGAGAAGCUCGGCAGCCUACUAGUAAAUGAAGAUUCACGGCAGUUGUUUAUGACUUUGCGUUUCACUGCUCGACGGCUUCCGGCGGCUUGGUCCCAGCACAAGGCGGAAAUCUCCGAAGCAGAAGUUAUUGACAGGCAUGCUUCGAAGGCGCCUUGUCUGAUACGGUAG